AUGAGAGGCCCUGAUGGAGUAUCCUUGAAUGACACGUUGUUAGCAGGUCCUGCUUUGCAACCCGACCUUCCUGGAAUCUUGAUGCGAUUCAGGCAUCACAGAAUCACAUUGAUUGCCGAUAUUGAAAAGAUGUUCCUACAGGUAAGUAUGAACCCAGUUGACAGAGAUUGUCAGAGAUUUCUAUGGAGAAACCUGGACACAGACAAGGAGCCAGAAGUUUUCAGAUUGGCCACGGUCACUUUUGGGCUAACGUCUUCACGAUUUUCUAGCAUCAAGACUGUGCUUGAUCAUGUUGCGUUGCAUCGUGAGGAUUAUCCCAAAGCUGCUGCAGAGAUCGAGGAGAGCAUUUUUGUGGAUGACAUUUUGAGUGGAGAUGACGUGGAUGCGGAGGUAGCAGAGUUAGCAGUAGGCCUCAAGAGUAUUCUGAGCCCAGAAUGGAAUCUGAGAAAGUUUCUCUCCAAUGUACCAGGAGUUUUGUCGAAUCUAGCCACAGAGGACAUCGCAUCAGAGUUAACCGAGAAGAUUGUUGGGGAAGAGAUAGCAACCAAGGCUUUAGGGGUUCGAUAUUUACCCAUCGAGGAUGUACUGAUGUUUUCCUUUGUUAAGAAAAUGGAGGAUGUCGAGUUAGAGAUUAGGAGAAGUGUUCUGAAGCAACUGCAUCGGAUUUAUGAUCCACUAGGCAUGCUAUCACCCUUUGUACUCAAGGCCAAGCAAAUUUUCCAGCAAUCCUGGGUCACAACUGGAGGAUGGAAUGAUGCACUACCAUCAGAGAUAGAGGAGGAGUAG